GCUACUUCAGCGCCUGGGAAGGCACAUGACCGGCGCGCGCUUGUAACCCCACGAACGCCUAUAACGUCCUCGUUCACUUGAAGUUCGGUGCGCGAUCCGUACGCAACUUAAAAGCAACUCGUUACCAUACCCGUUGAAACAACACACAGAAACAGCAAGCAUGUCUUUUACCGAUCCCGUUGCCUUCAUGAAGGAUUUCCUCGCAGGAGGAAUAUCCGCCGCCGUCUCCAAAACCUGUGUGGCUCCCAUCGAACGUGUCAAGUUGCUUCUCCAAGUACAACACAUCUCCAAGCAGAUCGCAGAAAAUCAACGUUACAAGGGUAUGGUAGAUUGUUUCGUCAGAAUCCCCAAGGAACAAGGAGUGUUGGCCUACUGGCGUGGUAACACCGCCAACGUCAUCCGUUACUUCCCAACCCAGGCUCUCAACUUUGCCUUCAAGGACAAGUACAAGCAGAUCUUCUUGAGCGGUGUAGACAAGAACACCCAAUUCUGGCGUUACUUCAUGGGUAAUUUGGCAUCCGGUGGUGCCGCCGGUGCGACCUCCCUUUGCUUCGUCUACCCACUCGAUUUCGCCAGAACCAGAUUGGCCGCCGAUGUCGGUAAAGCUGGCGGUGAGCGCGAAUUCAGCGGACUGGGUAACUGCCUGACCAAAAUCUACAAAGCCGACGGUCUUGGUGGAUUGUACCGUGGUUUCGGUGUAUCCGUCCAAGGUAUCAUCAUCUACCGUGCUGCCUUCUUCGGCUUCUACGACACCGCCAAGGGCAUCCUUCCCAACCCCAAGAACACCCCAUUGCUCAUCUCAUGGGCCAUCGCCCAGACCGUGACCACCAUCGCCGGUAUCAUCUCCUACCCCUUCGACACAGUCCGUAGGCGUAUGAUGAUGCAAUCCGGUCGCGCGCAAAAGGACAUCAUCUACAAGAGCACCGUCCACUGUUGGGCCACCAUCGCCAAACAGGAGGGCACCGGCGCCUUCUUCAAGGGGGCCUUCUCCAACGUACUCAGAGGUACCGGUGGAGCCAUCGUCUUGGUCAUGUACGACGAAAUCAAGGCAGUCAUCAUGUAAAGUGUUUGCAAGCAGUCAUUUUUUAAAAGCGUCAUUUUUUAAAAACACUCCAGUCGAAAGUUCCUCCGGGAGCAUUUUAGCAAAAUUUUGGGCUUCGAGCUGUGCCGUUUUAACCGACAACCGAACUAAACAGGUUUUGUUGUCUACCCUCGCGGGUACGCGGCGCAGCUGGGAAUCGCACUGUAUAUAAUAGAUGUACUUUAUUUAUUUUCAAAUCAAAUAACCGCGUACCAUCCUCCGAGAACAAAGUGGGGACUUGAAGACUUUUUUUUUCGUCCCUUUCAAAAAUGCAAGUAUGUAGUUCCAUUGCCACAGCUCCUGUAGGUUUAAUUAUUAAUUAAUAUUAUUGUAUGUUUUAAGUUGUUGCGGAUCGCCAAACUUGUACUAUACGUUGUAAAGCACUGUAUCUUUUCAAACUGAGAUGCAAGUUACCUGUUAAAACAAAAUUGUUUAUAUAUUCUUGCCAUCAAAAUUAUUGAUGGUAAUAAUAAUAAUAAAAUAAAUCCAAACGAUUUCUC